AGUUUGUUUUCAGCCUUCCACGCAGCCAACAAGAACUUGGGCAUCUACGGCGGGCAGAAUGUCUCCAUCCAGGACAACCCCUACAUGGCCGCGAUAUUCGUCGAAGACGGCGAUGAUUUCGAUUUCCUGUGUGGAGGUUCUAUCGUCCAUAAACGUUUUAUUCUCACUGCUGCGCAUUGCUUUGAGGAUACGAAAGCGACUGCAAUAAGGGUUCUGGUCGGAACACACACCUUGUAUGAAGAAAACGGAAUAUUUUACGAAGUGAAAAAGAAGAUUUGUCAUAAAGGCUACAAUGGAGAAGUUAAUGAUAUAUGCCUGUUGAAAUUAAAGGGGCAUAUUGAGUAUGGCGCCAAGAUGGCAAAAAUUACGCUGCCCGAUAAAGACUUCCAGUUAGAAGCAGGUGUGCUGGUUAAUGUCACCGGAUGGGGGAGAACAGACGAAUAUUACUACCCGAAAACUCUCCGUCAAACUACGGUACCUAUCGAGUCGCCAGACAGCUGCCGCAAUGAAUACGAGGAACUGACUGACACCUUCAUCUGCGCUGGGUCGAGAGGCCACGACGCUUGCAAGCUUACUUCUCAUUUACUUUCAGCCUUGCAUACUUUGGAUGCUCACAACUUGGGUAUUUAUGGUGGGCAUGCUAUCUCUAUUGAAGACGCGCCAUACAUGGCGGCUUUGUUUGGAGACUAUUAUGGAUUCCGGUACUUUUGCGGAGGAUCCAUCAUCCAUGAAAGAUUUAUUCUGACUGCAGCUCAUUGCAUAAGGAGUAUCGAAGACACGUCUUCAAUAAAGGUUCUGGUGGGUUCCGACAAUUUAGAACAGAAAUCCGGAUUCUUUAUAGACAUGGAAAAGCAGCUUUGCUACAAGUCAUUCAUCCCUUUUGGUAACAUAAAUGAUAUCUGCCUCUUGAAAUUGAUGGAGCCUAUACGGUUUGGGAACAAAGUGGCGAAAAUUUAUCUGCCUGAUGAAGAGCUGAAGGUAGAAGAAGGAGUUCAGGUCAACGUUACUGGAUGGGGUUCAACUGACGGAUAUUAUUAUGAGAACAACCUCCGCCAAGUGACAAUACCGGUUGAGUCGCAGGACAACUGCCGGAAAACCUACGUGGAUCUGACUGACUACAAGAUUUGCGCGGGAACGGACGGCCAUGAUGCCUGCUGGGGUGACAGCGGUGGUCCACUAACAUACAACAACGUACAGAUCGGGCUCGUCUCGUACGGCGAAGGAUGCGGCCAACAUUCCUCAGUGUACACCAGGGUGUCCAAAUACGUCAAGUGGAUCAGCAAGACCAUCAAGCAGAAUCUAUAA